AUGUCUACGUGCAACAACUCCAUUCCUCGGCCCUUGAAAUUUGUUCUAGCUGGAAUACCUGGCCUGGAAUCUUCCCACGGCUGGUUCUCUGUGCCUUUUUUCUUGAUAUUUGUCAUUACGAUCAUGGGCAACAUCACCAUUGUAUGUAUCAUCCGGAUAGAGAAGAGUCUUCAUGAGCCCAUGUUUCUCCUCCUGGCUAUGCUAUCAGUUGUUGACCUCUGCUUGGUCAGUGUCACUGUGCCCCGCAUGCUGGGUAUAUUCUGGAUGAAUGCCAAGGAAAUCAGCUUUGAUGCCUGCCUCACACAGAUGUUUUUCAUCCCUUCCUUUUAUGUCAUGGAAUCUGGGAUCCUCCUGGCCAUGGCUUUUGACAGAUUUGUGGCUAUCUGGUAUCCUCUGAGAUAUGUAACCAUCUUUGAUAUGAAAGUACUUGUAAAGAUGGCACUAGCUAUCCUGGCAAGAGCAAUAGCAGUGCUGACCCCAGCACCCAUCUUGGCAAAAAGACUGGAAAGCUUCCAAACCCACGUAAUUGCUUACUCUUACUGUGCCUACAUGGCUGUGGUGAUGAUAGCCUGUGGAGACAUCUCUGACCACAUUGUCUAUGGCCUCAUGGUUAUAGUAGCAUCCGUGGGAUUUGAUUUGUUUUUUAUCAUUCUGUCCUAUGGACUCAUCCUUCACGCUGUCUUUCGGAUACCGUCUUGCGAAGCACGAGGCAAAGCUCUCAGCACAUGUGGCUCUCAUUUUUGUGUUAUUGGCCUCUUUUAUUCUCCUGUUGUCUUUUCUGUCCUGGCCCAGAUUUUCGGCUACCGUAUGGCUCCCCAUCUACAGAUCAUCAUUGACAACCUUUACUUCCUGGUCCCUCCCAUGGUUAACCCUCUGAUUUAUGGAGCACGGACCCAACAAAUCCGGGAGUGGGUAUUGUGA